AUGCAGAAGAAAGCAAUCCCUGGCUCUGACCCCUCAGCAACAGGACCAUCAUCAAAAGAAAAAGAUAAAGCCUUGGCCCAACCUAGAGGGGUUAUCAACUGUAUUUCGGGAGGAUACGCUGGAGGCGGACACACAAGCUCGGCCCGAAAGCGCACUUACAAGGCCAUGUUGACGGUCACAGAUGCCCCUAAGGAUCCUCAGCCGGUUCAGGACUUCCUAGAAAUGACUUUCCGAUCUACCGACUUUAAUUGUGCUGAUACCAACUAUGACGACCCCGUUGUAAUUUCCGUUCAAUUGGGGGACUUGAUAGUCCAAAAAGUAUUACUUGAUCCCGGAAGCAGUGCCGACGUGUUAUUCUUUACCACGUUUGAAAAAAUGAAGUUAAGUAGCAACAUUUUGCAACCGUAUCUUGGAGACUUGGUCGGAUUUUUAGGAGAACGAGUCCCUGUUUUGGGUUCUGUGUGGUUACAAACCACACUCGGUGAGCAACCAUUAUUUAAGACACAAGACAUUCAGUAUCCUAUCGUCGACUGCUUUAGCCCUUAUAACCUUAUAUUAGGCAGACCAUUUUUAAAUAGAUUUACUACAAUUGUAUCCACGGUUCACCUUUGUGUUAAGUUUCCUGUGCAGGACAAUGUAGUAGCUACAAUCCACGGUGACCUUCAUGAAGCUCGGCAAUGCUGUAACACAAGCUUGAAGCCAAUCAAAAAGAACAACACGGCACGGGUUAACUCCAUACAAUCUGAGCAACCAAUGCUGGCCGAGCUAGACCCUAGGGCCGACUUUGAGGAUCGGCCUAUGCCAAAUGAGGAAUUAACAAAGGUUGCCUUAACCAAAGACCCAAUGAAGUUCACUUUUGUGGGAACUUCGAUCAAUAUCGAAGACAACGACCAACUCCAACUCGGAAUCUUACAGAAGAAGAGAAAUCUCGGAACAGAGAAGCGACUUGCAUCCUUGGCCGAGGUUAAAAAGCUCAUUGAUGCUAAUUUUAUCAGAGAGAUCAGGUUCACAACAUGGCUAGCCAAUGUUGUUAUGGUAAAAAAGAGUAACGUUGAUAACUCUUGUGGUUAUGGUACCUUGAGUUUCGUGGACGUAUACUCUGGUUAUAACCAAAUUCUCAUGCAUCCAUCAGACCAAGAAAAAACGGCCUUCAUAACCGAGUAUGGUAAUUACUGCUAUAAUAUUAUGCCUUUUGGAUUAAAGAAUGCAGAUGCAACGUACCAAAGGCUAAUGAACAAGGUCUUCGAGCACCAAAUAGGUCAGAAUAUCGAGGUGUACGUUGACGAUAUGGUCGCCAAAACUAUAGUCGGCAAUUCCCAUAUCCGCGACCUGGCUGAGAUUUUUGGACAGAUCCGACAAUAUAACAUGAGAUUAAAUCCUGAAAAAUGCGUCUUUGGUGUCCGCUGA